ACAAAGGGAUCUGAAGAUUCUUUCACUGGCCUACUCUGGCAAGUGGCUUCACCACCAACCAGUGGCGACGCUGGCUCCGUACUGUCGGACUUUUAGGCUCGGCAGACAACACUGAGUCAAGUGGUCUCCACCCUCCUGAAGCUCACGUCAGAAAGGAUACCGACAAUGCAUACCUGACCAGUACUGAGGAAGCUUGUGAAGAAAAUAAAGUGUGAGUUGCCAGAUAGAUGGUGGUAGAGGAUAGGAUCGAGAAAGAAGACCUUGAUGAGGCAACAAAGAUGUCUGCACUGAGAGAUGAGGUCCAUUGAAGAAGAUUUAAAUGUUGGGGGACACCAAGGGCUUCUGUCUUCCAAACCCAAACAAUCUCCCAGCGAGAGCAAGGGGUUGAGCUCUGUGUGGAGGUGUGACAGUCUGGCCAGCCCCUUGGGAAGAAAGGCCUCUGACAGGUGGCCAGAGAUGAGGACAUGAGUGUGAUAGAAGGAGCCAGAAGCCCUACUUCCUGGAUCCUCUGCUGGUGCCUCUUCCCCCACAACUGGAUCUCACCGUGGCCUGUGGAGCUGGUUUCUUCACAGGACUCCCAGUUUUAGAGGAUUCAGUCCGUGGAGUACUGGGCAUGGCUCUCAGGCCUGUGGCGGUACAGAACGUUACAGCAGCAAGGAAGUAAGAUGUUUCAUCUGUGCUCGGCAUCCCCUCGGGGCCUCAGAGGAGUCUCACCCACUCUGGUGCCUGGGAAUUUACACACUGCCAGCUGGGGCCCUCCUUUCCCUGACUGAGCCUCCCCAGGACUCAUCUUGGGGUCCUCCCAACAGAAGAUGCCAGGAACCAGGAAACACCACGGCCUGCCACUGAGGUUACAGAGUUGGUGAGUUCCCAGCUAUGCAAGGGAUGGGGCAUUAAAGGAAAUCUCUGAGCCCCAACAGGGAGGGAUUUCUAAAUCUGACAGGUCAAGGAUACAGAUGCAGUGCAUGCGCGUGCACGCGCGCGCGCACACACACACACGUACAUGGGUGACAGAAAGUGUCACAGAGAAGUGAGUGUUUCUGAUCACAGACUAAAUUCUACAGAAUAGGAAGGGCUGGGAAAGUGGACCUCAAGAAAGACAAAAUUAUUACAGCCUUACGGUUCCACAAGGGCAAAUAAAGCUCUGUGUGUUUAUUGCCAUUUUCAGAUACAUCUUCAGUGUGAUACUGUUUCAGGACAACUGUGGCCUGAUUUGCUGCUUGGCCCUGGUAAAGACAGAAGCACACAGGAGCAGACAGGAGGGAGCAGGCGGCCUGAUGGAGAGAGCAUCCCAGGCCCGUGGUUUACAGGACUGCUUCCAAGAGUUAUUACAGGCUAAGUGAUAGAGCCAAUGCUUAUUGGCUGGAGGGUAGAUCCAUAAAUCUGAGGGGCAGAACAGCGAAUUGAGACAGGCCCACAGUAAACCCUGUUUUGGUUUUCAACAGCUGCUGAGCCCUCCCGACAGGGAAGGUCUUAAUAAGUGGUGCUAGUGGGUCUGCAUGUAGACACACUUGGAGUCAGGGCGCUGGCAGGUGCUGCACAAGGAUGGCCGCGUGGGAAGGGAAGCCCGUCCCGCGGCAGAGUCGGGAACAGGGUGUAGAGGCCUUGGAUUUGCUCCAUGGCCUCAGGUUUAUUUACUGACUCGCUCCAAGCACAGACUGCAGCGUGAUAGAGACAGCGUUGUCUCCCUUUGCGGUGACGUGUGUCCCCGGGGGAGCCACCUGGGUGGGGACCUGGGUGGGGACCUGCGUGGUGCGGGGCGGAGCUGCCCACUCAGUCCACAGGGCAGGGGUCGAAGGUGGCGACCUCCCCUCGCCCUGACUCCUCGUGCUCCACAUUCUGAGAAGUUAGCCGGCGCCUCCUACAGCUCUGGUGAAUUAGUUAAUGUCCCUUCUACAGUUCCCUGACCCGGGGCCACAGCUAGGAUAACCGGGGCCCUAACCGGCGUCGUCGCAGUGAUUCUCCAGCAGGUGGCGCCUGCGCACCGCCAAGUGGUGCUGUCCUCUGUGCAGUCUGGCUCGGAGCCUCCGGGGAGCAGGGACCAGGUCCCCUCCACCCAGGACCUGCUCGCCUUCGCACCCUGCUCAAUAGAGGUCCCCGUCUCUGUGCUCACUGUGACUCCCCUGGAGACAAUCUGAGAGUCCACUAACUUCCGGACUAAAGCCCAACGUGAGUUAAUCCCAACCCGAAUAUUCCACGAUGUAUACACUUAUGUGCACUGUUACACAGCGCUCCCACGGAUGUACAGUUUUUAUUUGUUAAUUACACAGUCCCAGCUGACACCACACAAUGUGCACCGACCUCCUGGACCACACCUAGAAAAGCACUCACUGUGCCCGAAGAACACCUAGACAAGCACUCACUGUGCCAGAAGACCCCAGCUUGCAGGCCCUGGUCCCCAAGAAGCCUCCAAGCAGAUCAAGCAGACAAAGUCACCUCCACAGUGAGGCUGCCAGUGUCCUGGGCUGUGUUCUGUGGAGAAGAUGCUUGGAUUUCUGGUCCAUGUCUGCCUGCCACAGGGAAUUCCUGCCUCGUCCUGCAAAAGGCAUCCAGGAUCUGAGCACCCACCUUCUUGCUACUAGCACCUGGCCCAAGACACUGGCCUGCUGUCAUUGAAUGGAUUAGCUUUCCACCACAGUGACAAAACACCUGAGAAUGACACCUUGGAGGAGGACACAGUUGCUGGGCUCCUGGUUUCAGAGGUCUCAGCCUGGGGAAUGCUGGCUUCUCCACUUCUGGCCUCAGGAGGAGUAGCUUGGUCAAAUUCACUUACUGCUCUUGGCUGCUUUAUGUUUUGAGAAUGCAAACUCCAUGAGGCCUGCCCUAUUUGGCUCCUGGAUGACAAGUGCCUCGAUCAUCUGCAUGAGGUGCCAUGAAGAGCCAGCCUGGUGGAACAUGCCAGCAAUCCCAGCUACUUGUGAGGUUUAUGCAGGAGGGUCCCAAGUCUGAGGCCAGCAUGGGCAACUUAGUGAGAUCCUGUCUAAAGAAAGCAAAACGACAACCAAAGGAAACCAGACCAAACCUGGAAGCCCCUAUGAACCUCAUAAAUCCGCCCAUCAUGAGUGUUAUCCCAGGUGAAUCAUGAUGAAGACUGUGCUUUUCAAGACUGGGAAACUCCUCUGGCCACCUGAGUGAUGGUUUCUAGAACUGGGGUGGAGAACACGCACUGCCUUGCCCCUUGGAGAUGCUCAGUUCAUUAAAACCAGUGCCGUUUAGUGUGAAAAUCAUGACAAGUACAAUACUUUGGCCACUAUCUUUUACUUUGGCACUCCGAAUGAAAGGGUAGUUAUUUUGUAUAUGAUGGAGUAUGUGAACACAUGGCUAUGAUGACUGGAACAGAAACGUCUAUUGUACCUUUGCAUGGUUAUGUUUAUUAUACUCAUAGUGUGCCUGUGUUCUGCAGCUUAUGUAUAGAUAGUCUAUAUUGUGUCACGUACAAGUAACAGAUUUCUGUGUCCUAAGUGAUAACUGAUAUGAUUUGUAACUGGAUGUCCCCCAAAGUGUCAUUCCCUCAGAGAUAGGGCUUUUGGAAGAUGACUGGAUCACGGGGCUCGUAGCUGGCUUGCUUUCAGGAGGUGGGGUCUGUUUGGAAGAGGGUGGGGCCUAGAGGGGUAUAUUUCUCUUUCUGGUUCCACCUGUCAUUCUCUCUCUACUUCCUGUCCACCAUGCCAUGAGCAUCUCUUCUGCCAGCCCCUCUGCUAUGCUGUUUCUUGUUUGGAGCCACUGACCCUGAAAUGUGAGCCAAAAUAACCCUCUCCUUUAAGUUGUAGGUGCUGGGUAUUUGUGACUAAGACAAUAACUCAUGUUUCUUCCUCUUCAGCAGCAUGUGCAAAGAGUAACACAUGGCCCUGCCAGGGCAGCCUGGUGAGGAUGCUAGGGAUAGGGUGAUGUGAAGUCCACCCUCCAGGGAGGGUUGAGAUGUCUCAGUAGAGACCCUUUCUGGCUACUCAACUACUUCCCAUCCUGCCAAAUUGUCACAUUUGGCACAUACUCCUAGAAAACCAGCAAACUUUUAAAACUUUUCCAAACUUGUGAUGCUGCCCCUCUUGCCAGCCUGACAUUAAUUUGCCUCCUCCCUUGCUACACCUCCAGUGGCUUCCUAUUUCCUUUAGGAUGGACUCCAGAGGAAGUCACAUGAACCUGAAACGGCUGCCUCCUUCCCAUGUCCCUGUUCUGGUCCUGGUGUAAUGUGAGCUCAGAUUUCCAAUACAGGGACCACUAUGUUCUGGGGCUCUGGAGCUGGGGGAUCGGGGUCAUGGAGAUGUUGCAUAACUUUGGAGGUUGGGGUUCAGUCUUACAUCUUCUUCCAUUCAGAGUAGUGGAGGUUGUGAUGAGCAGGAGGCAAGGUCAGUGUUAUGAGUAACCAUCAGCCAUGAUGGAGUAAGAUUUGGUGGGCAGCUCUUUCCCUUCCUGGCUGCUAUGAUGCUAGCAGCUUCGUUGGCCACAUGCUCCAGCUGUGAUGCUCCUGCAGUGUCACCGUAGGCCCACAGGGAACAGGUCUAGGGACCAUGAACUGAAACCACUGAGCCACAGUAAACCUGUCCUCCUUUAAGUUGAUUUUGUCAGGUAUUUUGUCACAGUAACAAUAAUCUGCCUAACACGGUCACCUAUUAAAAAGUUGUUAACGACGUCGGUAACCGGUCGUUCUGAAGCAGCUGCCUGGGAAGGAGACAAGGAUGCUUCUGUGAGUUGGCUUGAGCUCCAGGACUGUCUUUCCUUCACUGGGCCCCUUCGCUGACGUAGCCAUUGUCCCUGGCGCCAGCAGCCUGCGUACCUCUCAGUCAUGCCUUUCUUAGAUCUGCAGAAAAGACUGGGCAUUAGUUUAGAUUGUCACAUGGUGAUCCAAAGUGCUGAACUGCCCUACAAAAUUGCUUCUCGAUGCCAUGCUUUUGAAAAAGAAUGGCUAGAAUGUGCACAUGGAAUUGGUGCUACCUGGGCACAAAAAGUAUGCAAGAUAGAAUAUGAGGAUUUGGUAGAAUGUGUGCUGCGGCAGAAAACGAUACAACAUAUGAAUGCCAUCAAGAAGCAGGGGAAUAAGCUAAUAAAGGAGGGGACGUACACCCCUCCACCUCACCACUUGGGCAAGGGCGAGUCUAGGCCCUGAGCAGGGCAGCUGCCAAUGGCUGGAGGCUGACAUUCAUGCUGUUUUCCACUGGAAGGAUUGUUUACUGAAAACCUUUGUCAGAUGUGUAAAAAUAAAGGAGUAUUACAUUCUAA